AUGAGCGUCCAAGCUAUUCUUGUGAAUUGAUACAAGUUUUAUGCUCAAAAAUGCAAAAAGAAAUCAUUGUUUUGAGUGUAGUUUUAGUUUUUGUCUAUCCUGAUUGUCACAUUUCGAUAAGCUCCAUCGCUCUAGAGGGAUUUACUUACGGGAUCUUUAAAACAUCGGGAAUCAGAGAUUGUUUUCAGCAAUGCAGACAAGAGCCAUCCUGUCAGAGUCUUGACUAUUAUACUAAUAUAUCGCUGUGUGAGCUUAAUAACCGAACAAUUGCGCAGAAACCUUCGCAUGUGAAGAAACAAGUUGGUUCAACGUAUUUUGAAAACCCGUAUAAAGUUCCUUUGGGUUCGUCGGCAUCAGUUCCCGCAAUUUCAUGUCAAGAAAUCAACAACACAUCUUCUAGUGCAAAAGAAGGCUACUUCUGGAUACUUGAUGGCAUCACACUUAGUCCUGUCAAACGAUACUGCCUAAUGGGCCACAGCUGUAUGAAGUUGGCUGGAUCGCCAUCAGAAGGGAUAUAUACACUUGCAAAUAACGUUGAAGUGUACUGUUACAAAGGAUGGACUUUGAUCGGUCGCUUCUCUAACAGAGACACAAAGAACUGGAUGAGAGACGAUGCYUCCUGGUGGUACGACGUCAUGACAGGYCAAGGUGACACCACCAACACAUCUGUCAAUCAAGACAUGAUAUCUCCCGCCUUCUGGUCACUUCCAGGCAGKGAGUUCAAGAUCACACGAUCUGACGAUCCAAGUCACACUGCUCUACUUCAAACCACAUCUAACUGUCUGGGAUCCCGUACAUUUCGUUCAAUGAUAACGAGCUAUGGAAACUUCCGCAACGGUACCGUGUGGGCGAAUGACAAAUGUCUUGGAAGCUGUAGUGUAGUGUAUGGUGGCCAAUACUCCUCUACUGAUGGAUUCUCCCAGGCAAAGUGUAGCAGCAAUAUCCAAAGCAGUAAUAGGAUCGGGUUUUGGUGUCAUUGGAGUGCUGAUGGAGCAGUGAUGAUGAUUGGUGGAGGGGGUAGCGCAUGCGCACGAGCUGAUCAUGGCAUCGGUAUUACAGAAGAGAACGCAGCUGAUUUUGCCACUACACAAGUUGAAUGUSACUUCGGAGAAGUUUUAGGCGAAGGAAGUGGUUCUUGUCCGUCAUCAUCGUAUGCUCUUAAUUUGUGGAUUCGACAGCUUUAAACACAUCUUUUUUCCCAUUUGUCUCAGUCCGAAGUUGAAAGAAAGACUGGUGAUGAUUUCUAGGAAUUAAUUUGGAGAUCUAAAACGCUAGACCAMGUUCUAUGCACUACAAAGUCAAUACAAACAACACAAACCAAUAUGGAAACAAAAUAGCUUGAUGUGUGUUAGUCUAAUUCGCGCARGGUUAUGUACACAGUGCAGUGAGAUGCCAGAUGCAUGCAUUUUUAUGGUGCUUUUUGUGUAAAAAUAUAAAAAUAUUGUAUAAMUAGAUUGUUUAGUACGUUCUUUUCA